AUGGACGGCAGCGAAAUUGGAGUGUUUGGGACGCUGCGGCUGAUGAAGCGGACGACGAAUGAACAGGUCGCAGCAUUCCCAAUCGACGAGGAGACGGUCACCUUUGGACGCGACCCGACGUGUAGCGUCCGUCUCUAUUACGCAGAGGUCAGCGCUCUGCACGCAAAAAUUGUAUUCCAGGAAAGAAAGGCUUUCCUCGUCGUUCUUGGCGAUGCAGGCCUCACCAUCGACGGCUGCCCCGUGCUCCCAUCCACCAACGCCUCCCUUCCCACCACAAUCCCCGUCUCUAACAAUUGCGAAAUCGAAAUCCACAAGAAACGUUUCAUAUUCUCCUACCCGCCCAAGCAGCUUCGUUCUCCAUUGUACAAUAUCGAUUCACCAGUCAAACCUGAAAAUGGAGGUGGCGGACGAAGAAAAUUACGAAUGAGCAUGAUCCACAGCGCCCAAGUAUUCACGCCUCGCGGAAAACCCUCUUCAGAUCCCCUCGCAAACCUCCGUAUUCUCCAGAGCCCACUCAAACAGCUCGUGCCAUCCCCACGCAAGCCCUCGGCGCUCAAGAACUCCCACGUCCCAGAACCAGACGAAAUAGAGGAAGAGAUUGUACUCGUGGAGUCUAAUACUCCACAUGUGGUGCAGGAGGAGAAGGACCUUGUGAUAUUGGAGCGUGUCGAUAUCCCUGCACCUCCUCCUCCCACUCCGUUUGUGCAAAGGCCGAGACCAAGCGCUAAUAUGUACAAGACGCCGAACAGACGAACUCGCCCCUCGUUACACCGUGCAGUUCUGAUUCGCAGUAUACAUCGUGCCGUCAUGGCGCGCGAGGAAGAGGAGGAAGAGAAAGAGGUUGAGGAGGUGAUUGUAGGUGAUGCGUCUGUGGAGGAAGAAUUCCAUGACGAGAAUGAAGGAAGUGCAGGGAACGAGCAUGAAGAAUCCGACGAAGAUGGAAGUGGGGAAGACUCGGACACCGCUGACGAGCCCACUCCUCAACCAAGCACAUGGCGCAAAUCUCUUGAUGCCGUGCGUGCGCGCGUUGUAUGGCCUUUCCGCUCAAGUUCCACCGCGCCCGAAGAAAAUGAUGAAGACAACGAGCAAGACGAAGGUGAGGACGAAGAGGACGAGGUACGUCUCCCCUUUGUUUAUUUUUGUCAUACUGACUAUGAACAACACCAGCACACGCAAAUGGACACCGACCAGGACGCACAGCCCCCACCCCCAUCCUCCUCUCCACCUCCAACUUACAUCGCACCCGACACUCAACCACAUCUUACACCCGCAAGAGCGUCCCGACCGCUAGGGUCAUUCAUGACGCCCCAAGUAUCUCAUCCACACUCAGGCAUUGGCAUCGGCCGCGGUGCAGGACGCAACUCCUUUGGUGGAGCGCUGCGCAGAAUACGUGUCGAGCCGAAAUGGCGCAUUGGUGAUAUUGAGGUGCGGGAUGUGGAGGUUGUGAAGGAGGAGGAAAAGGCAGGGACAGGAUUCGGGAGGACGCGGGUGAGCGAGGAGGAGAGGAGGGUGAGUACAUGCACUUUUUUGUGGUUAUGGAGCUUGGGGAGUCAGGAAACGACAUGGGUGUGGCGGUUUGUAUUGCUUUUCUAUGACCUCGGGCUACCUGGACCAAGGGUGCAUAUAUGCGUCGCAUUUGCUGCUUCCUGGCGUGUCCCCUGUCUGUCUUGA